AAUGCCAAAUUGCAUCUGAAGGAUUGACAUCAGUACUUGAAGACAGGAGCAUCCAUUUGAUGAGUGCAAGUGAAAUUUAUGGAAAAUUAUGGACCACUCGAUUAACCAGAGAAGGGGUUGGCUCUUGGUUGAGAUUUCUCUCACCUUUUUUUUUUUGCCGGACCCAUGUGACCAUGUAAAACACCCGACCCGAUCUGUUUGUACCCUUACACAAAACCAGCCUCAGCCGCCGCCGGCCACUUGACGACCGAUGACUCCCAAGCGCCGGCCGCACACGGUCAUGACGGCAGUUUAUUCCCCAUGGUACACUCAGAUAGGCCUCCGAAGAAGUCCCAUUUUUUGCGUAAACUUAUGGAUAAUUCGGUAAAUCACCUAAUCAUCAACGUGCCUCCCUUCCCUGCGGCAACUCCCUGGCGGGUUUGAGGAAGUCAGGAUGGCGGGAGCAAUCCAGAAACUGAUGUCCAUUUGAUUGGUCGGUCGGAGGAUACGUCAGUUUGUUCCGGUUGUGCUUGCAAUUUGCAGAAUAAUCCACAUGGUUAAAAAGCAUAAUUGGUGCCUGCAAGAACUUCUCUACUCCUGGCUAUGCAACUUCACUUACGCGUCAAAGUUGGAGGCCUUCAAUUAUCUAGCUAGAAUCGGAGAUGUAAAGACUGCACCAUCUGAUUUCUGCUUCCCAACUGCAAACCAGACAAGGCACUGUUUUACGCGCUACAUUGAAUUUCACAAAUGUUUGGCUGCCAAAGGGACUCUGGUGAAUGUGAAAGGUUUGCAUGGUAUUAUUGUUCUCUUUGCCCAGGGGAAUGGAUUGAGCGAUGGAAUGAACGGAGAGAAAAAGGAACAUUUCCAGCAGGGCCUCUUUAAGCUGCAAGUAAACCACAUCUGUUUCCAAACUGUCAUUUCCUUGAAUAGACAUUAUUUGUUUGUCUACAACAGACACUGACGAUUCUCAUAGAAAUGGAUGCUCAGCAUACCAUUGUUAGUGUGUU